CUAAAACGAAACAAAAACACAGCUGACGUCUUGGGAAAUGUGAUGGGGAAACUAACUUUCUGUCGGGCUAAACAACAAGAAAGUAUGGAGAAAAAAGAACAGGUAUUUGGUGAUGUGUAAGGAUCUGACAAGAAUGCAUUGACAACAGCAAUAAAGGGGAAUCCAAAUACCCAACUGUUUCGGUGCUAAACAAUUACCAGACUAGAUAUGGAUGAGGUAGAUAGUCUGGAGGGAUGGGUAGCUGUCAAAGACAGCCCCUUUACUGACGCGAUGAUCCCUCCCCGCAUGACAUUUUUGGUGUGCUGGAAUGAUGUGUGCAAUAAAGUAGCAGUCACAUGUCGUCUUCAUAGCAGAGUGGUUACUGACGAUAAUAACCGUGACAGCCGUACAGGCAUAUUCAGCAUGCAAGAAGUAAAUGCCAUCCACGAAUUGCUUUGUCUUAUUCAUCCAUCCCUCCACAGUUAUCUCCCUUACCUCCCGGAAGAGUCACGCAGUGUUUGGGCAUAUCUAGGCUACCAGGAACCGCCUAUAGACUACCAGCUGGUAUGUAAACAGUUAGAGGAAUAUUUCACUAUUGCCUUAGAAGUUUGUAAGGAGAAACUCCUCAUGUCUACAUUGUUUGAAGAACAUUCCUCAGAGGAAUAUUUUGAAAACAUAAGUGAACUUCGUCGUCAAGGUUACUUGGAUGAAAUAGCUAGAGCUGAGGAUGAAUUGGAAACUGUGACUUUUAUGAGGAAGAAUGCCACCAACAUGCAUGAAAUGGGGGAUGUUUAUCAACAAGAAGAUGAUGCCAUGUUCAGGUUGAAUGUAGCAUUAUCUACUUAUUACAAUUAUCUGUUACAACCUUUCCUUGAUCUUCGCGAGAUUGCUUACACAAAUGUGACAGAGGCUAAAAGCUACCUUCAGAAUCCUGAUGUGGGUGAUCGGAUCAAGCGUGAAUAUGGUGCCAUGUUUACAGAGUGGCAAGGAUAUUAUGAAAAUGCUUUGGACAACAUCCAAAAAACAUAUGUGGAAUAUUACUCGAAAACCUGCGGGUUUUAUCAAGCUGUUGUCAACAGGAUGUUACAUGAUGAAAAACAAUUUGGUCAAACAUCUUUCGAGCUUGUUGGCCGGGAAAGACUUUUGAGGAUACAGGAAGAUCUGAGUCUAGAAAGGCUGCAGAUGCUGCAGAAUGAACGGAAAACAUUUGUACAGGAACGAGACAAGGUCAAAGAGGAGAUCGCAAGUAUUGAUGAACAUCUUGGUACUGAAGGCCAGCUGAAACGUCUGGAGGAGCGAGUAUAUUCAUGGCAAGUGUCUAUCUACACCCAGCAGCUGAGAAUUCUAGAGGAAGAGGACAGGCUUGCCAAGACACAAUUAUCUGCUAUCACACGACAGAUAAAAGACAAGGAGGAUGAAGUAGUGUUCUAUGAUGCUGUUGAGGAUGUGAGGGAGCUCAGUCCUGAUGAAAGUGGAUGUCCGGGGAAACAACUAGACCCAAGAGUCGUUAAGAUUAACACAAAGAGGAUGAACAUCCAGAAACGACGAGCGAAGAUUAGGAAUAUGAAGACAAAUCUUGAAUCAAAAAAGAAGGACAAAGAUCAGAAAAGAAUGGAGGAGAUUGACACAUUUCAACAACAUCAUGCAAUACAACUGAAAAGAGAUCAAAAGAAAGAAGUGGAGAAUAAAAAACAAGACUUUGUGCAGGAGCAGAGGAGGAAAGCAAUAGAUAGGAUUAAAAAUCACAAAUUUAAAUACCCAACACCAGAGACAAUUAAACCUCCACGUUACCAGCCCCCUAGUAAACGAGCAGCCGCUGGAAGUCUAAAACCUGAUGAGGAGAAACAGUCAUCAAACAUUAAUGCCAAUAAGACAUUUGUGAAAGUGAAAGAAAAGCCACUAACAAAUUCUCAAAAGACUAUCAAACUUCCAUCCCCAAGUCAACAGCCACCGAAGAAAACUUGGUCCAAUCGUCCUAAACCACAGCCUCGUCGAUCAUUAUCACAAAACAGAGGUGAUUGUGUGGAUGGGGAUAUCCCUGUACAUAUUUAUGUAUCGGGUGAGGCAGAUGAUGACAAUUAUCCUACUAGGAUUCCACAGCACCCACCAACAAACACUGCACCACCACCUCCACCACCACCAGGUGGCGCUCCACCCCCACCCCCUCCUCCACCACCACCUCCCCCACCACCUCCCUGUCCACCCCCUCCAACAGCUUUACCUCUUUCUUUCAAAAAGAGUUCGCCAACUAAACCCAAAGACAAGAAAUCAGGAGAUUCUGGGGCACCUCUUGAUUUAAAUGAUAUUGUUGGAGGCCUUGAACGACUAAAACCAUCAUCUGAGAGAAAAUAUACACCCAAAGCUAAAACUGAUGGAGGGACACCGAUGUCACAGAUCUUUGGAAUGAUUAAACUUGGUGUAAAGUUACGGCCAGUGUCGGAUGACAAGCGUCCACCAAAAACGGACAAACUGGACACACCAAGUGACAGACAUAUACGACUUCUCCAGGAAAGUCUGAGUCGCAUCAACCAUCUGACUCGGGAAGACACACCUGAUUCUGACUCAAGUGAUGAGGAAGCUUUUGACUAAAAAGGACAAAUCAUUUAUAGUUUUGAAUUCUUUUACAAGUUGAACCGUAAUGCCUUGCAUUGUCUCUGUAUAGACUAAGGGAUUGGCAAAAUGAACACUCAUGCUGACAAAGACAUUUUGACAGUAACAAUUAAAAGGCAACAUUUCUCACCAAAAUCUGCAGAUUCACUUACAAACAUGUUAUGGAGACAAAACUGGGCAAAACUCUAUUUAGAAAAGUUUGAGUAAUGAUUUUGCUUCAGUGGGGAUAUUAACAUUCUAUUGAGAAUCCUUAUGUUUAACACUACUAGAGGAACAGAACUAGAGUUCUUUUUUUUAUCACCGUUGACUUUGGCCGUUGUAGCAAAAUGGCAUGCACUCUAGAUCACCACUUCUUCUUUCUUUAUUUUUUUCGGGAGGUAGGGAGGGAUAGCUAAAUCUCUGAGCGGUGUUUGUCACAAACUGUCCAGUGAUGUUGUUGUUAUGUUCUGGACUAAGACACCUUACCUUAAUUUUUCUUGAAAUGAUUGUAGCAUAAUGUUCAGUAAUGUUCAGUAACUAGAAGGAAUUUCUGCUUCAAAAUGACUGAACACUGUUCAUUACAGAACUGUUAUAUUUACACUACAAAUAGUUGUUCAAGUGUGUGAGGGUGUGCAGGUGAAAUAAACAUCAACAAAAAUAUAUAUUAUUCCCAAUUACACAAUGCUGUAGCAAAUGAACCAUGCCAUUUAUUUAUAAACAUAUAUAUUCUCAUUAAUACCUUGAGGGAUUUCUACAAUGACUUCUAGUCUCUGACUGAGGUUCUAUAUCAUCUCAUUCCUUGCUGGCUUCCAAUUAGAUUUCGUUACUAUAAACUUUAUGUAUUUUACAACAAUUGCAAAACAAGUUAUGUCAACUUAUACUGAUCACUCUUGUUGGCCCGGAUGUAAACGCGCGAGGGGUCUUAUUGUGGGAGGAAACCAGAGUACCCGAGGAAAACCCACAUGGUCGAGCAGGUGACCCCUUACCUUUUCAUGUCCAUUCCGGGAAUCAAACCCCGAUCGGCUAGGUGAAAGGCGAGUACAUUACCACUGCGCCACCCGACUACCCUAAAUUAGAUUUCAUUACAGAGUAUCAACCCUGGACCAAGAUAAAUCAAUAUCAACACCUACAAGUAACAGAUUCUAUUAGUCUUGAUGAGAAAUUGAAACAUCAUAUGAUAUGUCUGUGUAAAGAUCAUGGUUGAAACAAGAUUUUACAAAGUGCUACCUAACUCUGAUACAUUUAUUCUGCUAAUCAGGUACAGUCUUUGCUCAUAAAAACAAAGAAUGAUUUUACAAGUAUUUGAAGGUAUGAAUCCAAGUAAUUAUGUGUGUUUUAUAUUCAAUAGUGAAUUGUGUUAAAGUUUGUCCUCCACUGUAUAUAUACAUGCAUUAAUCAUCAUAUUUGACAGGAUCUGUUGUAGCAUGGUAUGUUUUGUCCAUCUAUUAUUUUUUUUGUUGAAAUAUGACGAAAGAAAAAUGAUGUCCACAAGUGUUACGUUCUUGUUUAUUGAUGUUCAACAUUUACAUGAAAGGGUUAGCUAUUUUUAGUUCUGUGAAGUACAAGAGAGAGCAUCAUCAUUAGAAGUUACAUUGUAUGUAGUGAUAAUGCCUGUUUUUUCACUAUAAGUAUACUCCUGUCUUUCAUUUCAAAGACAUACAGUCUUGUCUGUAUGUUCAUGUCUCUGCAAUAUUGUUUGAAAUGUGUGAUAUUUCAGGUUUAAAUAGAAGAUUAAGUGUAUUGGUUAUUGACAUGAUUGUGAAUUUGUUGUAUGUUAAAGAGUUCAGAGUUUGAUAACUGAUGAAAUUUUAUUUCCCGUAGUAGGGAUUUCAGACAAUAGAAUAAGUAAACUACAUAAAAUGUGAGACAAACAUUUUACUUAUCAUCAUUGAUCAUGCUUGGUUAUAUCAGGAAUGUCUGAAUUAUUCUGAUGUUCCAUCAACUUUUUAUAUUGGUUUUUAAUCGACUCUAGGCUGAUUGAAAUAAAGGAAUGAUUCAGACUACAAUAUCUGAUGAUUAUGUUUACCCAGAUUGAUUAUUGAAGUCAGUAUAACAGUGUCUUGUUCUAUAAAUAAUACAUAUUUCUAUUACUGAGUAGAAGCAUUUACCUACCAGAAUAUUAAUCAUGAUGUCCAGGAUAGUUUGGACACCUGUAAAAUUUGUUACAAGUUUGGAUUUUAAUUAUGUAGUUCAGGAAGGCAUAGAUUAAAGCUUAAAAUGAAAACAUCAACUUAUUGUUACAAUUGAACAAAUCAGUUUUACUUUUAUGAACAAUCCUUCAACAGUGAUAUGUUAUACUUGAUAUAUUGAGAGAAGACACUGCAUCAAUAUCACACAAAUUGUACCUCUUAUUCAACAGGGAGUACAAUCUGAUUACUUCAAUGAGGACUUUGAAAUAGAUUUUAAAUUAAUUUAUUAUGUAUAUAGUUAUUAAAUAAAUAAUGGAUUGUGAAAUAAAUUAUCAAUGUUAA